AGUCCGCCAAGAAGCAGAUGCGUGCUGUCUCUUAAAGACGGCCAGGAAGGCGUGGAAGACGUGCUGUUACGUCAUUCACUUUCUUUUACUGUCAUUUUGUACGUAUAAACUAUUGAUUUUACAGCGCAGCGAUAAUCAGGCUGCUCGAUCUUCGCAUCGAUAGUCACGAUCUUCGAUUUUUUAAUCCUAUCGUCGAUAGGCAAAGCAGGUUUUUAAAAGUGGCAAAAUAGGCCCACAUGUAGCAGAGAGCUUUACCUGCAUAUUAAUUCUACCUGUAAGACCUUGUUUGUUCAGCGGAAGAAAAGCAGAUGUUAUUUGGCCCGGUGCUACUACGACCUUCAGCGCGAGAGAGAGAGGCUAGUCACUAAGGUGUCACUUCUACCUUGAGUUUAUACAAACGUGCAAAUGCAGGCAAGAACAGACUGAGAAUACAAUAGGAUGAUGGGAAAAACUGAGCAGAGGCGAAGUAGAAACAGAUGUCGACAGGCACUGGGCUCUAGGAUGUAUCACUUCUACGGGCUGUUUGUCGUCUGCCUGGGUGUUGUCUUUCCACUGUCGUCUGCUCUGGCUCCAGACGACAAAACGUCAUACUAUUACACUUGGGUGUUUUUGCUGUACCUGUUUUCCCUCAGCCUUUGCUUCUUUAUUUAUCUGAGAUUUUACUUGCUACGGCUGCGAGGGAAGCCGUACACUAUCACCCAAGAGAUCAUCUCUAACAGACAAGACGUGUCGGAGUAUAGGCCAGACACACCGAUGCUUCCACAGUGCAAUAGCGAGAAAGGGAACCAUAGCAACACAAAUGGACGAGACUCUCCCAGGUCCAAGCCUCUUUUGGCGGAAUGGCAUUUCCCCCCUGUGUUCUUCACUGGCACCGGUUUAAAUCGAUACAUGAGGUUCGGAGCUGCCCUAUUCGCCACUGGCGCUAUGGGACACAACGCACUGGGGAUAAUAGAGUUUAUCGGGCACUAUGCGUCCGGAUGUCAAACCCCAGUCAACGUGCUUCUCCACAGUGUACAGCUAGGCUUUACCUUCACGCAGAUUAUUAUCAUCAGCAACUACUCAGCGUUGGUUAUCAAUAAACAUAAGGCAGUUGCCAGGCUAUGUCUGUUGCAUACAAUGGUCACGCACAUAUGUGUCCUUAUUGCCUUCUUUGUUCUGGAAACUGAAGAAAAAAUACGGAAACAAUACACUACGGCGGCUGAUGUUGAUAGCAUCAGCACUCCAAAACCAGAAAACCUAUCUGACCCAACCACAGUCACCUGGGCCCGCAGCAGUGAUUGCCUUCAAUUAAAGACAAUAACGGACAAAGCACGACCAAUUCUCUAUCCAUUUAUCAUCCAGUUCAGCAUCAUUGGGGCCCAGGUCAUGUAUAAUCUCUACCGCAACGUCGGCAUAUACCCAGAACCACGGGAGGACAAAAUGCCAGCAGAGCUUACGGAGAUUGGUGCUUACAAACUCUGUCACCAUGCACUGAACGGGUUGUACGUAGGCUUUAUAUUGAUUAUCAUUGCUGUGACUGGAUUGAGUGUAUUCUCAGUCGCUAUAAAUGAUGAUAAGACUGAAAACGACCAAAUCGCAGCGGCAUUAUUCUUUACCAUACAACUGGUAUUGUAUCUGAGUUCUUCGAUCGCUAUUGGGAUUGGGUUCUUUCAAACUAGAGACUUUGUUAUUGGGAAAGAGAGAGUGGACUACUUCCUUAUCGCUGGAACUGCUAGUAUGUACACUUUUAACAUAUUUGCCGUCAUUUCGUGCAUUCACUGGGUUUCACACCACGACUCGGAUCUGAUAACGUGCUUUUCUCUUGUGUCAUCUUUCGCGGAAAUGAUAGAGACAUCAAUUCAGACUUUCUUCAUACAAAUGUUAUUGACGAAGAGGGCGUGGAAACUGAAUCACGUGAUCAGAAAGCCCGGAAGAGAGGUCAUCACGUUUCUUCUCAUCACAAAUCUCGGCAUGUGGUUGACGGAUUCUUUUGCAUUUGAAAAAAGAACCAUGAUUCCCGCCUACGUUGGUAUAUUUGGCUUCCCGGCGUGGACGACGAUAACGAACGCAUUUGUUCCUUGGAUGAAUUUCUACCGUUUUUACUCCUUUACGGUAUUAGCAGUGGUGUGGAAAAAUAUAUUUCUCCCGCAUAAAGACCACAUUCCGAAGUUCAAUCGUAAUGAAGAUUCUCCGCCUGCUGAAGAGAACGAAGUAGUGGAAAGUGAGGCAGACACAGACCAUUUGACUCCUCAUUGACACUAUUAUUCUUAAGCUACUGUACUUUAUCUCAAGCCAGACCCAAAUACGUCAGUGUCGGCCCAUUUUAAGCUUGGAAAUGCAAGUGUUUCCUGGCUUCAUAUGAGAGUAUUACGAAACAUUUGCAUAGGGAUAGAAAAAAAUGGAGAAAAGGGAGCAGGGAUAAAAAAUAAAUUUUCUUCUCUUCACUUGGCAUAUCUAAAACUUUAGAACGAACUUUGUUACUUUAAUAUGCUGUGCACAAGGAUGGCAAAAUCACUUUUUUUUUCGCUCGCUAUACUGGGAGCAGAGGAAAAAAGGGGUACCUGAGAUGUUAAAUGAGGUUCAAAUGAUCCUGUGUCACUACCCUGGAUCCGCCAUUGACAUUGGAUUCAACCUUCGUGUCCCACAGCCCCAGAGUAAAGGAGCUGACAAGAACCAUAUGAUUCUGAAGACUGCGUUGUAAUAUUUGAGUUUUCUCUGUAUAUGCUGUGCCAUAGCAUCCGGUCCUCGCGCCUUGUGACACUUUUUCACUGUGCUUUUUUAUGUGGAAGUAAAAAGGUUAAACUAUCGGAAUUCAUUUCAUUUUUUUACAGAAAGAAGACUCGUGCUACUUCGACCACAUAAACACAGGGGCAAGGCGAUUCCAAGCGUCUGCUUCAAGCUCAUACCCCUGUAUGUGCUAGUCAGUUGUAUAUGUUAGACUUUGUAAUAUAUAUAUAUAUAUAUACAAGAGAACAGAGCUACUCCAUAACAAAAGAAGAAAUUUUGAGUAGAAUUAUCAUAUUUUAGAUUGAUACUUACAUACCAAGACACCCUUUUGAUUUUGAGUAGUCAUUUCAAAUAAUGAUCAUUAUGUAGGCCUAUAACACGGUAAAUGUAUAAUGCGCAUUUUUAAAAUCAUUAAGAAAAUAUGUUUAUUUCUUUUAGCUGUCCAAAGAAAACGCGUGUACAUCUUAUAUAUUUAUGUUAUUUAUUAAGUACAUGUAUUUAUGUUUCUCUCAGCAUAUUAACAAACACAAAUAAUGAAAACACGCACACAAUAAACCACGUACGUUCAUUUAUUUAUAAAUAUUAUACUUGGUACAUACUCAAAUUGUUUAGCAUGUAAGUAAAAGUCAAUACUCUUCAUGUUCUUCAUAAGUGCAUAUUCAUUUGCUUCUUUGCUGGUAAGCACGAGAACUGUUCUACAACAUAACGCUGAUAUUUCUAUACAAUGAGCCGUCCUAAGUCGAAGACAAUGUUUACUUUGCUAUAUGUAGAGCCGCUACACAUCCAAACCAUGCCUUCCAAAAUUAUGACUAAACUAACAUUUAUUGUUUUAUAAUUGUGGAUGCAGUAAUGAAUUGAUAUAUUGUGGUAAACCCUAAAAUCAUGUCCAACUGUGUAUUAUUUACUAUACGCGUACUUAAACAAACAAAACACCCAUUGCUCAAGUUAUCUCUAUGUGCUAUGAAUACUUAGAAAAUAUCUACAGGUACUUGAUUACUGUAAUAUCAAGCAUGUAGUUUUUAAUAAAUAAUUACGU